AUGCAGAUUUUAAUUCCUUUCGCAGCGUUGCUCGCCCUUCCUGCGACUCAAGCUAUUGUCCUCCCAGAUGGCACGGGAAGAUUGCCGGCACUAGGUUGGAACUCGUGGAACGCUUACUACUGCGACAUCGACGAGGCAAAGAUUUUGACAGCAGCGCAUGCAAUCAUUGAUCUCGGUCUAAAGGAUGCAGGCUACGAAUAUGUCAACAUCGACGACUGCUGGUCAAUAAAGGACAGCAGAGACAAUGUCACGAAUCAAAUAAUUCCCGACCCACUGAAGUUCCCUACUGGGAUCAAAGGUAUUGCCGAUGAAAUACACGAUCUCGGUCUCAAAGUAGGAAUCUACGGCUCUGCAGGUACCAAGACAUGCGGCGGCUUCCCGGCUCAGAUAGGCAACGAAUACCUCGACGCAGCAACCUUCGCUGCUUGGGAAAUCGACUACCUAAAAUACGACAACUGCUACGUGCCUGACAACUGGACCGACAUCUACAGCGCAUGCGUGCCGGAUCAAUGGCAAACUUACGGACCAUACAUCAACGGGACCUGCCCCAGCGCCUCUAGCGGACAAGACGAAAUCUCGGCGCCUCCCGGCUACGACUGGAGCACCUCGCUCUCGGCAAUCCGCUACGGCAUAAUGAGCGACGCCCUCCUUGCCCAAAACCGCACGAUCCUCUACUCCCUCUGUAACUGGGGCCACGCCGCUGUUCAAACCUGGGGCGGCAGCACCGGCUCCUCGUGGCGCAUAACAGGCGACAUCACGCCGUGGUGGGCCCGCGUCGCCGAAAUACUGAACGAAGGCUCCUUCCUGAGCAACUACGCCAAUUUCUGGGGCCACAACGAUCUCGACAUGCUGCACAUCGGCAACGGGAACCUCACGCUCGCGGAAUCGCGGAGUCAUUUCGCGUUCUGGGCUGCUAUGAAAUCGCCUAUUAUCAUUGGAACCGAUCUAUUAAAACUCGAUUCUGAGAAAGUCGCGAUAUUGAAGAACAAAGCGUUGUUGGCGUUUCAUCAAGAUGAUAAAUUCGGAAAGCCGGCGGAGCCGUAUAAAUGGGGCGUUAACCCGAAUUGGACUUUUAAUGCUACCCAUCCGGCUGAGUAUUGGAGUGGAGCUAGUAAAGCGGGCACGUUGGUGCUGGCGAUGAAUACAUUAGAGAAGAAAGCGUGGAGGGAGAUUAAGUUUAGUGAAGUCCCGCAGCUGAAGAAAUUGGGUGCCUCUAAAGACAGUUUUGAGGUUAGGGAUAUUUGGUCUGGGAAAUAUUUGGGUUGUGUGAGAGGGAGUAUUGGGAGGUGGGUCGGGAGCCAUGAUACGGUGGGCUUUGUAGUUGGGAAGAAGUGCCGGGGGUGA